AUGAGUUUGCAGUGUGAAUUGACCGCUUACCUGAAGGACUUCCUCACACAACAGUGGACACGGAAACAGCUACCCAGGGGCCUUGAGCAAGGUUGGAAGGACUAUUUGGAAGACCCAGGAGCCAACAGAUACCCCGGGUUGAAAUCUUUUUUGGCCGUCCGUCUAGGCACAAUUGAAACUGCGAGCCACUACGAGAAUCGAAAACCGAGGGGUUGGCUCGCUAAGAACUUGCAGCAGCUGUCACGGGAUGAAGUCCAAGAGAUUCUGUCCAACCUCGAGCAGACAGUCCCGCAUCCUACGGUCGCGAAAAACGGCCUGCUCACGUAG